GGUGACCAUACUUUGCUUUCUGGAUCGCUGUGCUGAAGUGCUCCGCAACGCUCUCUCAUCCUUCGAACGCAGCGGAAACUGUUGUCCUGCGCUCACCAUCCACUUUUGUUUUUCUUAUACAACACACAUACAUAUAUAUAUAUAUAUAUUUCCCCUUACCGCUACCGCUUUUGUUGCUGUUGUGUAUUACUCUCACUUACUCGCCACUCCGCUCAGGCGUCUUCACGUUGGUUAAACGCUUAAUUAGGUACGUAUAGCGUUCUAACACUUUUUUUUUGUCUUCUUUAUCAGUUACAUCGUAUUGAAGCAUUGCAACUCCUUUCUCCCUUUCUCGCGUCACCAAUGUGGGGAUUUGAAGCGUAUUCGGAAGGACUGGAGACCACGGCCGGCGCGGAGUCGAAGAUCUCUGUGGAGCCGCCGCGAGAGCUGCACAAGACGAGUAGGAACAACGACCUCUUCGACGUUUCCGGUAAACCGCUCACGGCAAGCGAUAUGCAGGACGCCACCACGUGGCGCACUCACCACGCCUUUAGCGGUCGAUGCGCGCUCGUCAAACCUGCUGAAAAAGGCAAGAGUAAUGGAAACAGUCGUGACGCAACGGCAGAGUCUCCCCCGCCUCAGCGAAGCCGGCCCAGCUGGGCUGAGGAGGCGUGGGCGGCGUAUCAAAACUGGACCAUCGCGUUUCGUCUGCGCUCCACCACUGCAGAGGAGCCGCACGUUUUGCUGAGUGUUGCCCCCGCCUACUUCCCUCUGCUGUGCUCGCCCACCGGGGAGAUGAGUGCGCCGGACGCGGAGACGCUGGCCAGUCUUCCGGCCGCCCCGUCGUCGCAGGAGCAGGAGCACUACAACCACCGUCUUUUGGACACGCCGCUUAUCUGGGAAGAGGCCUACGCGCUCUCCGUGGAGUGCACAACGCGGGGGAUGUUUCUCUGGAGUGACCACUGGGAGCUCUUCGGCAAGAGGAUCGCCGACAGGUGCCUGGAGGUGCAGACAAAGCCCAAGGAAAUCGCUGAGGUUGCUGCUGCAGCAACCGCAGAAGGCGCAGCAAGCCCACCGCUUCAGUCGUACAGCAGUGCGGUGCGUUUACGCUUUAAGUCGCUUCCCAGCACCGAGGCAGCCGCUGAGCCGCAUCCGCCUGUUCUGACUGUCGAUGUUCAGGCUGCUGGUUCUGUUGUCAGUGGUGCAACGAAUUGGGUGGACAAUGCGGUGUGGCAGCACGUGGCGGAUGUUCCCCUGCCAAUGGAUGCACUUGCGCAACGGUCCUCUUUUCGGCCGCACGUGACUCUGCUGGAAAGCGGCGAUUCUGCCGAAAUUCUCUAG